AUGCCGAACUCGAGGCGUAGAAAAUUCUCCGUGCAAAAUGAAAUUAGGACUCGUGAAAUGGUGAAACCGCAAAACGGUACCCAAUUCAAUCCAUCGAAUGCAGACCAAGAAGUACAUGGCAACAAAAAUAAAAAUAAAUCUCGACCUAAUACAUCCAAGCGUUCGUCGAUUCUCGAAAUUGUCGCCGAAUGUGAAAGCACCACUUCCACAAUAAUUUGCAGAAAGAUUUCUUCGCCAACGUUCGACAAAGACGUAACAGCCAGUUCUAGCAACAUCGACCUCUUUAACAUUUUAAACGCCACCGAUGAAACCACAAAUUUAAUUUGUGAUCCGAAAGAUAAUUUCGAAGUGAAACAAGCUAAGGACAAAUUCCCAACCCGGCGGGACAAACAUCCGCGACAGCACAGGAUCAAAGUUAGGAGUCCAAAACGUAAGCCUCUUGUUAUCGAAAAGGUUGAUAAUAAAAGAUCAGUCGGCAUAAGCUCAAUAGAUUGGAAUGAAGAAGCAGCUGAAAUGGAGAUUCCUGCUGUCAAAGAUGAGACUGAAGUUAUUGAAAAUUCAGAAGAAGAGAGACCUAGCAGCUAUUCUAUGGAUGACAUGUGUAGAAUAUGCCACGGGGGCGAGUCAUUGUCUUCGGACCUGGGGCAGUUAAUAUCGGCAUGUUCCUGUCGAGGCACAGUCGGCAGGGUCCACGUGAAAUGUCUGGAGCGGUGGUUGACAGAGUCCGGGAAAUCCAGGUGUGAGUUGUGUGGGACGAGAUACGCGACGCGUCGAGUUCAUAAAUACGGUAUCUUGAAAGCGCUUGUCAUGUGGAUCUUGAGUCAAAAUGCUAAGCAGUUAAUGGUGGACAGUCUAGGUAUAAUGCUGAUGUCCCCGUUGGCUGUUCUGGCUGCGUGGCUGUCCGGUCGCACCUUAGCGGGGCUGAUGACUCAGGAAGCCCACAUAACUCCCUGGCCUUUGGCUUCCACUUUCGUCCUAGCGUGCAUGACCCUCGUUUGUUACUACUGUUGGAUAGUCUCCGCUGCAACCCGACACGCUCUUGGCUGGUGGAUCUGGUACCGAUCUCAGUACGAAGUCAGGCUCACACUCAAUCAAGAGGAAUAA